UGUGUGUGCGUGCGUGCGUGCGUGCCUGCGCGUGCAUGUGCCUCCUCCUCUCUUGUGAACGAGUUGGGAUUUGAAAAGUUGGAGCUGCCAGGGAGCUCUGUUUGUGUUUCUGACGCUGCAACAAGUCGUGUGAAUGUACGGGUCUGUGUUUUGAUAAGGUGAAGGAACGUGAAUGAAGGUGCAACCCCUACAUCACCUGGACACCCCUGAUCUUCGCUUGGUGUGAUGGAUGCAGAGGUGGUUCUGCAGGAGGAGGACAUGGGGGGCUCGUGGACGCUGCUGUCCUGGCUGGCGUCCUGCCUCAUGGUGUUCGGGGGAGCCCUGCCCUACGUGCCCCAGUACCAGGAGAUCCAGAGGAGCAGCAACACUGAAGGCUUCUCCACCAGAGUCUGUCUGGUGCUGCUCAUAGCCAACAUCCUUCGCAUCUUCUUCUGGAUAGGGAAGCAGUUUGAGCUCACCUUGCUGCUCCAGAGUGUGGUGAUGAUCCUCACCAUGUUCGCAAUGCUCCACCUCUGCUGCACAGUCCAAAACACCAACCGAGUGAGCACCAAGCAACACCGACUUUCAGACUUGGACUUUCGCUACUUCUGGAAGUGGAGUGCAUUCGAGGACUACCUGCUCUUCUGUUUUGGCUUCACUGUGCUGUGUGCGGUAGUUACCCUGCUGCUGCUGGACUCUGCUGUCUUUGUGGAGACGCUGGGCUCCCUGGCCGUGAUGUUUGAGGCCAUGCUGGGCCUCCCGCAGCUACUGCAAAACUUCCACAACCGCUCCACCAAAGGCAUGAGUGUGAAGAUGGUGCUGCUGUGGACGGCCGGUGACGUCUUCAAGACCACCUACUUUCUGAUGAACGAAAGCCCGACUCAGUUCUGGGUGUGCGGUUUAGUCCAGAUCCUGAUUGACGUGGCCAUCCUGCUCCAGGUCCUGUUCUAUAGCCAGGACGCACACACCAAGCUAGGCUGAACUUGGCUGUUGCCAUGGGCAACAUAAAAAUACAGGGCUCGUGUGAAAAUUUCAACAAGUCUGAUAACACGAAGCUUUAUAAUCAAUCAGGAAUCAGGAAUUAUCAUGGAUCAAGACGUGUAGUACCAGAAAAUUGAGAAAACCAAAGUCAAUAGAGAUUUUUUGUCAUUUUUUUACUGUUAUGCCUCAAUUUGAAGAAAUUGUCAUAUCGGUGUCAUAUACACCCAAACAAUUGACCUUCUGGUGCCCUUAAGUCACAGAUUGAACAAACCAAAUAGCAUCUUCAAUCAAGCUUUAAAAACAAAACACCUUUGCCUUAAGUUUUAUAAGAUAAGACAAUAUGUAGUUGUGUUUUUAGUAUUUUAUACUAUUUAUUUGGUCUUUAUGGAACAUUACUUGGAUGCUGAAGCGUAUUGGAUAUGGAAACAUGGAAAGAGGGACACAUUAUUCACGUUGGCAGCUCACUAACAGCAGAUCUGCGCUGCUGUAAUGGCAGCUGUAACAACCAGACCUGCAUCGGUAGCCCUGCACUGGACUCUACUGCCUGACUGAUGAGUCUCCCACUUUCACGCUCUACACCUCAGUGGACUGUUCCCAUGAAGCAUAAUAUGUGUGUGUGUAUGUGUGUGUGUGUGGUGUUUGUACAGUAUGUGUGUGCUUGUGAGAGUGAGUGUGUUGGCAUGUUUGUUGGUCUGCGCAGCCAAAAUCGAUUUUUGCCCUUGGCAUCCAGUGCCAAGCCAAGGCCUCAGAGCGUGCAGAAAGUAAUGGUAAUUACACAGGCCAUCAAUCUGUGUGUUACGACUCUGCUUUGUGCUUUGAUUGACAAGCAGUGCAGCUCGUACACACAGUAUGCAAAGAACAAUGACAAAAAUAUUGCUUUGCACUGUACCUCAGUCACAGUAUCCUUUGUGGACACCAAAAAACACGUCAGACUUCAGGUCAAAAUAACUUCUUAAUGAAACGGUAUUCACUUUACUGUUGCAUCAUCAUUUCUAUCACAUUUGUUGUUCCAUUACUUUAAAGUAUCCAAUCAUCUGCUGAUACUGUGGUCUCUUGCUCACACAAGCUGUGUGAGACAAUAACAGACCAGCAGAAACUUCCUGGAUAAGUGAUGUUUUAAUCAGCGCUCUCAGCAGGAAUAUUAUUUCACUUUGAUCUUUUAUUGAACACAUGGAGUGUUAACACCCAUCACUCAAGUGUUGGAUUAGUGCCAAACAAAAUUUACUUUGAGAUUAGAACAUUUAGUUUCUUUUCACAGCAUUAAGCAGUAAGUAAUCCCUAGAGGGGGAUUCUAGUAGGGGGAAAGUAGUAAUCAAACUUUGAAAUGCCUUCAUCCAGCCAGAAAGGCGUCAUUAAUGAAAGGACAGUUUAUGUAAUGUAUGGACACUAUGCUAAUGUUUUAUGCUUGGUUCCCUCAUGCUUCUAUGUGUAAAAGCUUUGGUGAGCUGCUUUAGAGGCAGUAGCAGCUUAGUUGUGGAGAGAACAAGGUUAUAAACUGUGGUGAUGACUCGAGCAAGGUCAUUUGCUCAGAUCAUCUUAUUAGCCUACCUCUCACUUCAUUUUGUUAUCUGCCAUGAGUUGCACGUAGUUCACUUUUACUCAUCCUCAUGCAGAUGGACACUCUCUCCGUGUAAUAGGCUCGGGAGAAACAUUAGAGCCGUUACAGAAACACUAAAACCUUAUUCAUCCAUUCCACCUUCCCAAAAUGCACAAAUAUUUAAUUCAGAAGCUCAGUUUAGAGUCGAAACAGUAAUUUAACAACAUAGCCUCGAGGAGAGUUGUGGUUCUCUCAUCUGUUUCUGAAUAGUCUCCUUUUACAGAAACACUGCAGGAUAAAAUAAAACAGCACCAGCAGCUGAUCAGUACUCAGCACAGGUUUCAUUUUACUCUCCCCUCAGCAUGAUUUAAUUAAACAAUAAAGCGACCUUCUUAUUAAGUCGUUCAGUCACCGUUUUACGUCAGCAGCCAGUUUGUGUCCAUCUGUUAAUCUAUAGCUGUCUGUUUUCAGCUUCAGUACACAUCAUGUCUAAAUUACAAACUGCAGUGGUUGUGGCUUGCAUCAUGCUGAACAAAUUGCCUGCAGAUAUCAGUACGCCUCAGCCAUUGAUAACUUUACAUCUUGAUGUAUUUCAAUACCAUUCUCAGGUUCAGCAUGCAAUAUAUACUGUAUAUGAAAACAAUCUGAAUUGAGUUCUGAUAAUCUGGAAAAUUUUGUAGAAUUUAAAGAGUGUACAAUACAGAAGAUCCUGCUAAAUGUAACAUUGACUAUUUUGUCCUGUUUUGCAUUUGCUAUGAUACUGCAUCAAGUUUUGAGGUUACUGGUCCUGCAAGAAAUAGUCUGACACAUGACACCUCAUGAAAUCACAACAUGUCAUUGUUACACUUUUCCUUUUUCACACAUUAAACAAAUGACAUGGCAGAUUUUGUUACCAUUGAACAGAGCCAGGGUUGAUGUUUGCCCUUGUUUCCAGCCUUUAUGCUAACCUAAGCUAUUCAUUUCCUGGUUUUAGCUUCAUAUUUACCACAUAUACAUGAGUGUGUUAUAGACUUUCUUAUAUAACUCUCAGCAAUAAGGCUAAUAAGUCAAAUUGUUGAACUUUUCCUUUAAGGUCAAUGAUUUUGUUUAAUUUUUUAUGACUGUUAGGUCACCAGCAUAAUGAGAAUGUAAGCACUCCGUUCUAUUUUUAAAUGUUAAUGUAUGUCAUCUAUUUGAACACAGCAAACCUUACUGACAGGGGAUGUAUGAAUGUCAUGGUAUCAUAUGUUUGAUGGAUUUGAACCUCACUGUGCCACAUUAUAUGUGAGUCAAUAUAUCAAUACAGUAAAUGCUUCUCUGCUAGUGCUGUACAUGUCAAACAAUCAUGUUUAUAGAGGUGUCAAGGUUGCUGAUAGACGUUUCUGAUGGUCGGGUAAUACUGCAAGCUGUCAGCUUUGUUGUUCCAUUGUGUGAGACACUUUAUGGGAGUGUGAGUGUGUAUGUGCUAAGGCUCUGUGUAUGCAUGCAGUCCUCAUCUAUCUUGUAUUACAUCUGGUAGCCGUAUUGUACAGUAAGCUCUAUGUGUCUUAUCUCCUCUGCCCGGCAUACCACAGCUAUAUUGCAAUUUCUUUAUUUCUGUAUUCUAUACGCUCUUAUCACCAGAUGUGUAUCUUUAUAUUGUUUUUCCAUCAGCAGAGACUCAGGAUAGCACCCUCAUUGGAUUUAGUUUAACAUUUAGGAUCUCUGUGGCCUUUUCUUCUCAAGGGCAGUAGGAUAGAUUAGCACAUACACCGCCUGGUGAUAAACCCUCAACCAAGUUCACAUUGUGGUGAACAUACUUGUUGCCUUAUCACACAAAUAAGAAAUAGGUGCCUUGUUAUUUCUAAGAAUGGAGAUGGUCGGACUGUUACUUCUACCAGAUGCAACUCUUUCAUGUGUAUUUAUUUAUUAUUAGUUAUUACCAGAAAGCAGCAACAAGAGUAAAAUCACUGGGUUUUUUAUGUUCAAUCAUGUGUCUUCAGUUAAUGUAUUUAAAAUGAUCUGUGAAACCAAAAGUAACUGAUGCUUUCAGGGUGUUUUAAAGUUUACCAAAACAUUGAAAAGCUGUUCAUUUAAAAGUUACUUAACACUAUGAUGCUCAUCAUAACAUGUAAAGAUAUGUGACAGUAAACACUAAUGAUAUCUCAUAUGCCAAAAUUACUCCAAAAAGUUACAAAUUGUUUAUUUUUUUAAUUGCCUUUACUAUCUCAUGGAGAUUGUAUGUAUGUGAAAUAUAUAUCAUGUUAUUUUCCUCAAAUAUAAAGUAUUUAUAUUCCA